GCCAUCGCGUCGAGUUCCUUGGCGACGGAGUGGGUCAAAGGGAAAACGGUUGACGAAGCACUGAAAAUCAAGAACACGGAUAUCGCCAAGGAGCUCUGCCUUCCUCCCGUCAAACUGCACUGCUCCAUGUUGGCUGAAGACGCCAUCAAGGCUGCCUUGGCCGAUUACAAGUUGAAGCAGGAUCCAAACCAAGAAGAGCCAGAGAAGAAAGCCCACAACGCCUAA